UCAGUCAGCGCGUGAGGGGUUAAGCGGGCAGGUCGCAGCGGUCUCUCUCCCUCUCUCCCUCCUCUCAGCGGACUCCUGCCCGGUUCGGCUCGGCUCGGCUCGGCUUUUUCUUUUCUUUUUUUCUUUCUUUCAGCCGCCGAGGCAAAAACUCGGGGAACUAAAGUGAGAGUUUCCCCCCCCCCCCCUCAAACUGCGGCGCGUCCACGUCUCGGUUUCACGCAGGUGAAGCUCGCGCCGCACCAUGUCUGCAGAGGUGGAGAGCAGCGCGCCCCUCCCCGCCGAGCCCGGCAUCGCUUCGCCACCUGCGGCCUCGGCCGCCACCCCUCCCACCUCGCCUGCGACGGCCACGUCCAAGGUCCCGUUCAGGAAAGAGAAGAAGAAAGUGUCCGAGAAGACCGAUGAGUACCUGCUGGGCAGAUUUCAAGGGGAUGGCGUGAGGUACAAGGCCAAGCUGAUUGGCGUGGAUGACGUCCAAGACGCCAGAGGAGACAAGAUGUCACAGGACUCCAUGAUGAAACUUAAGGGCAUGGCGGUGGCUGCUCGGUCCCAAGGCAAACACAAACAGAGGAUCUGGGUCAACAUCUCCAUGUCGGGCAUCAAGAUCAUCGAUGAGAAAUCAGGAGUGAUCGAACACGAGCAUAUGGUGAGUAAGAUCUCCUUCAUCGCCAGAGAUGUGACGGACAACCGGGCGUUUGGAUACGUGUGCGGCGCAGAGGGGCAGCAUCAGUUCUUCGCCAUCAAGACGGCGCAACAGGCAGAGCCGCUGGUCGUUGAUCUGAAAGAUCUCUUCCAGGUCAUCUUCAACGUGAGGAAGAAGGAAGUAGAGGCCUCUCAGAAGGGGGAAAAUGGCAGCACUGUGGUGGAGAAUGGAAGCGGCGCUUCGCCCGGUGUGGCUGCAGAAGUAAAAGCUGCUCAACCGGUGGAGCAGCUUGACCUUUUUGGAGCCAUGUCGACCCCUCCAGACAUCCAGUCUCCGAAUGACUCUAAUGAUAUGCCCUUGCUGGACUUUUCCGCUGAAGUUGACAGCAAUCAGAAUUGCAUAAAGGGUCACUCCUUUGCCACUUCCUGUGGCCCCGACCGUAGGACCUCUCCCCAGACAGAGAAUCCAUUUUCCUCCACGUUUGGCUACUUUCCAACCCCAGACAGUGACCCUUUCAGAGACGACCCCCUUUCCAAACCGCCCGCUUGGUCGGAAGCCGACAAUCCCCAGGUCCCCGUCGGCGCCGCUAAUCACCUGAACGGCGCGGCCGGCAGCGCCUGUAAGGCGAUGGGUAACGGCGGUUUGAUUGGAGACCCCGAACACCUCGCGGAGCAGAUGAAUGACUUGUCCAGUAAGACCAUGAUCCUCGCGCUCAAUAACGGGCAGUGGCCACUAGGGGGCACGAUGUCUCAGGGCAACACAAUUACCAUGAUGGACCUGAAUGAAUCUGCGACGGCUCUCUCGACCAAAAACCCAUUUUUCGACUCCCCUUUACUAACCGGGCCCGUGUCUAACGGCGUAACGCAUCACCCGCAACCGACUCAUAGCAGGGAUUCAGUUGUCAUAAGCCCGCCUCCGCAGAGCUCUAAGGCCGGACGAGGUCGAAGGAGCGCAAAGUCCACAGUAAGUGACCUGUUUGGCGCGGAGCUAUUUUCUGCUCCAGUUCACUCUGAAGGCUCGUCUUCCUCGGGUGACUUUUUCAACAGCACAACGCCCCCCUCCAUAGCUGCACUGGGAAAUCUCCAGUUGGGUCCUUCAGCUUCGAUGGGAGUCCCCGCUGCAGGCGUGUGGGGAGCCUCCAUGGCGCCGCCGUCCAUGUUCCCCCUGCAAGGAGUGCCGGCUCCAGGGCCGAGGCCCGCCUACCCCCAGCAGUCUGCCUUCGGCGGCGUACCAGCACCACCCGCGGUGUGGGGCGCUCCGGUGCGGCCUCAGUUCGGCGCCGCGCCUUUAUCUCCGCCCCACCUCAACUGGGGCCAGCCUCCGCCGGCUGGCGCUCCCGGUUGGGGUCAGCCGGUCAUGUCCAAUCCUUUCCAACCCGUCCCGUUCCCUGCGCUGGGCGACCACCAGGGUCCGUCCCGCCCGCCUCCUCGGCCGCCCGGUAAGGAGGCACCGGCGCAGGUUGAGAACAGCGCCUUCACCGCUUUGGACCCCCUUGGAGAUAGAGAGAAGAAGAUGGGAAAAGACAUGUUCAAGGACUUCCAGAUUGCCAAACCUCCUGCCAUCCCGGCGAGGAAAGGGGAGCUGGCGGCCGCAGGGCCCGGCAGCGGCGACGCCGGCGCCUUCGAUCAGUACUUUAACAGCAAAGUGGGCCUCGCUCAGGACACCGCAGAUCACGAUGACUUUGACAUCAAUCAAAUGUCAGCUGUUGUUAACGCGCCUGCUCCGGCCGCAGCUCCGAGCUUCAACCCCGGCCUCCUCAAUGCCGCCUUCUCCGCCGCUCCCAUCGCAAGCAACUCUGCACCGGCCCAAGGGCUCGGUCAGGACAUGUUCGACAACGCAUUCGGGUCUCCCGAGUCCAGUCUCUUUGGGGCACCGCCUGCAGUCAUGCCGACUGCUGCAGUCGGUCAGUCUUUCGGGGAUCCUUUUGGAAAUCCCUUUGCUUGAACCCAACUGUAUGAAUCACAGUUGAAGUGGAGCAAAUGGAAAUCUUCAUAUUGAAUGACCACCUUUGGGACGACCUGCGCGAGACAAUCGAAAAAAAUGAACUUUUCUCACUCUUGUCCCUGUCCCACCCCCUUUUUUUACACUUUCAGGUAGAAUGUUGUGUUUUUCCUAUCAAAUCAGUAGUUUCCUUAUUUCUCAAGACCACUGAUCUAAGAAGUAAAUGUUUUGUACUGAUCUGCUCAGGAAAGGUGUGUGUGUGUGUGUGUGUAUAAAGUUCUGUCCAAAGAGAUUCACUGCUGAUGCUGUCUGUAUUAAAUAAAUAAAGUAAGUCAAUCAUAA